CGAAAAAAAAGGAAGAGUUCAGGCAACUGAACAAAUUGGGUGAAGAGAAAGCAAGGGGAGGGAAGAAAGACUUCAUGACAUUAAAAACUCAUUCAUUAAUUCGAAUGAGAAACCCAACGCCUGCUUGAACAACAAAACGCUUAACAAGUCUUUGCUCGCGCUAAAUUCAACUUCCAAAACCUCCUGGCCGAGAUAAUAUAUCUCGUUCCUGUUUUUCUUUUUACAAACACUAUUAUUUGUAUCUAAUACAAUUCAAGAACGCAUCGGUCCAAUCAAAGAGACAAGCGCGUGAACCAUCUGAUCCUCGCGUUACUUCCACUCGCUCUGCGUUUGACUUGUUGGCGGGGCGUUGGUGCCUUGGACUUUUUUUUCUCUUCUCCUUGUCUUCUUCGCGGCUCGGUCCACUACGCUGCUCGAAAGGAAUCAGAUUUAUUUGUCCACACUACUCCUAAAGUAACACAUUAAAAUGGCCGGAUCCAACAGCAUCGAUGCAGUGAAGAGAAAGAUCAAAGUUUUACAACAGCAGGCAGAUGAGGCAGAAGAAAGAGCCGAGAUUUUGCAGAGACAGGUCGAAGAGGAGAAGCGUGCCAGGGAGCAGGCUGAGGCAGAGGUGGCCUCUCUGAACAGGCGUAUCCAGCUCGUUGAGGAAGAGUUGGAUCGUGCUCAGGAGAGACUGGCCACAGCCCUGCAGAAGCUGGAGGAAGCCGAGAAGGCCGCAGAUGAGAGCGAGAGAGGGAUGAAGGUGAUUGAGAACAGGGCUCUGAAGGAUGAGGAGAAGAUGGAGCUCCAGGAGAUCCAACUCAAGGAGGCCAAGCACAUUGCUGAGGAGGCUGACCGCAAAUAUGAGGAGGUGGCACGUAAGCUGGUGAUCGUUGAGGGAGAGUUGGAGCGUACAGAGGAGAGAGCAGAGCUUGCUGAGAGCAAAUGCGCUGAGCUGGAGGAGGAGCUGAAAAAUGUCACCAACAAUCUUAAGAGUUUGGAGGCCCAGGCUGAGAAGUAUUCCCAGAAGGAAGACAAGUAUGAGGAAGAAAUCAAGAUCCUCACUGAUAAGCUGAAGGAGGCUGAGACCCGUGCUGAGUUUGCCGAGAGGUCUGUGGCCAAACUGGAGAAAACCAUUGAUGAUUUGGAAGAGAAACUGAGAGAUGCUAAAGAGGAGAACGUCAAGAUCCAUGCCACUUUGGACCAGACCCUGAGCGAGCUCAAUAGUUUCUAAGGAAGACCUGGAGCAGGAAAAAAAGCCUCUUCUUCCCUUCCUGACACCCUCAUCUCAUUUGGUUUCUUUGUCUCUGCACAUCUGAUUCUUCUGUUUUUCUGAUCCUUUUUUUUUCUUUUUUUUUUCUUCUGCAAACCAGCAAAAAUGUGGUGCCUCUCGAUGUUUCAAAAGUACAUUAAUCUUUCUGGAGCACUUAUUAAGCUUCACUGCUCAUCUCCUCAGAAAAUCCCAAGUGAUUUCAGGAACAAUCUACUAUGGUAUUCCUAAAGUGUCAAAUUUUAUAUGCUUACCCUAAGGUAGCUUUUUGUUGUUUUGGUCCUUGACCAGAGCUUUACGAUUGUGGCGAGUUUUUUCCACACAUCAGCCAAAACUCUCAAUAAUUAUUUUUCAUUUUACUGGAGGCUGAUUUACAUAACAUUUUGUGCCAUAAAAGCCUUCUUGGCAGUCUGCUUGGCUUUAGAUCCAUUUUUCCCCUGUUGAUCAUGUGACAGGAUGUUUUUUGCUGGUCUUGUUGGUGCCUGAUCCACUGCUCUCCUCUUACCUCUUCACACUCUUCGUCCUGUACAAGUUUCUGCUGCCUGUUUGUCGGCGUCACAGUUUUUGGGACCAAAACUACAUCAUGUGGUCUGUAACAGUAUGUACAACCAUGCCGCAAGGACCUUUUUGUUUUGUUUUUUAUUAAAAGCAUUUGCUUCCAUUUGGAGUUUUUGAGUAAUAUAUGUGUUAUUUGUUUGGGUUUAAUCCCCCUGCAUAUUAACAAAACUUUACUUUUGCAAUCCACUAUUUGUUAUCCUGCAUUGUUAUGGGCUUAUGGUGGACAUCUUUUGAGCAGAGCAGGCCAGAGAAAGCCAUGGUUUCUUCAGGUGGCCUGUUUUGUUGUUCUUCAGUUUGUUUUAUUUGCUUUAAAGAGCCAUAUUCUACCCAGGGAAGAAAGGGUGAAGAUAAAUUUUUUUAUUUUAUUAUUAUUUUUUUUUUUUUCUCUGUGAGUUCAAAGCAGUGGCACUGCCAGAUUCAAAAGGUCCAAAAGCCGUGCAGAUCUAAAUAUGUAUUAUGAACACAGUAAAUGGGAGAGAAAUGUAACACUUAAUAGUAUAAAGAUUAAAAGGGGUGAACACAUAGUUUUAACUGGAAAAAGCCCACAAUGAUGUGUAAUCACUUUGUUACUGUCUGUAUCUUGUGUAACGAUACCUAAAUUCUUUUUUAAAUAAAGACCAUGAUUUUUACUGUCACUGAA